AUGAAUCUCGAAGAUAUUUAUUAUAAUAAAGAGGAUUACGUAGAAACGGCAUCCGGAAAUAAAGUUUGCAGGCAAACAUUUUUAUAUGGUGCUCAAAAUAUUUUAUUACACGGUAAAGUGAUUGUUCAUUCUGAUGUUAUCAUCAGAGGAGAUUUAGCUAGUGUAAAAACUGGAAGAUAUUGUAUUAUUGGUAAAGAUGCCGUUCUAAGGCCAGCAUCAAAAAAAUUUAGUAAAGGGUUUACUUUUUUUCCUUUGCAUUUGGGAGAUCAUGUAUUUGUUGGUGAAGAUUCAGUUGUUAGUGCUGCUUUAGUCGGAUCUUUUGUUUAUAUAGGAAAAAAUGUAGUGAUUGGUAGAAGUUGCGUACUCAGGGAUGCUUGCAUGAUUGAAGAUAAUACAAUACUUCCUCCAGAUACUAUAGUGCCUUCAUUUACUAGAAUUGGUCCUUCAUUACAAUUAGUUGAAGAGCUUCCUGAAUGCACUCCAGACCUAAUGAUUGAUUUCACAAAAUCUUAUUAUCAACAUUUUAUUCCGCUUGACAAAAAACAAUCGCAAAUGAUUAAAGGAUCAUAA